GGGGACGUGAUGACGUCGCGGGCGAGGCCGGGCUCCCGCCGAACCUCGUGUCGCUGCCGUUUGCUGCCCGGUGGGCGGGAGAGAGAGGCCGAGGCCGAGGCCGAGGCGGGGAGUCGACGACACAAACACGGCUCUGCCGCACGAGCCGAGCCGCGGAACAGCUCACCUCUUACACCAGUGUGGAAAAGCACACAACGUCUGAGCCCGAGGUUGCCGAACAUAUGACUAUUCUGUAAUGCCGAGAUUUAACCAUGAAGAGAAAUAUUAGUGAUAGUUCUACACGAGCUACGUCAGGGUGUCUUCCUUUAUUACUUUUCAACCAAAAGAAAAGAACCCGAUUGCCAUUAACUUCAAAUCCUAAGGAACAUGAGUUGGGCUCCAGUAGUAAUUUUCCUACACCAGAGAGUUUUGAUUCACCACCUGCAGGCAGCAGAGGAUCGGUACAAAGCAGACAACAAAACAAUCAGACAACAGCACUGAACAACUAUAGGACCGAGUUUCAAUAUCCUAGUAUGAGGAGCAAUCUGGGCAGUACAGCUAGUGGGAUGACACCAAUGCCAAAUUCAGCAAAAACGACAAAAAACAGCCAGGUUCAUCAACAAGUACCUCAACAGAAACCAAGUCAGGAACAGAGGCAAUUUUCAAGUGGAUCCAACACUAAAGGGCAAAGCAAUAAAACUAGUUGGAACACAGGUGUUAAACAACAGUUGGGAAACACUUGGAAAGAAAAUAUUAGGCCUGCAGUAAAUGAAAUAAAGAAAUUUGCAUCUACUACUGACACAAAUCGUUCACAAAUGAAAAUUGCAGAUAAUUUCAGAUCAUCUGACUCUUACAAAGUCCAGACAGAGUCUUAUCAGCAAAUGCAUCAGAAGUUCAAGAAUUCACCCCAGAAUAUAGCAAGCAGUAGACACUGUGGCCAACAAAAUAAAUUUACUGAAAAUCAAUUGGUAAAUAAUCCUGAUGAUGGUGUGGAUCAGAAGUCAAAGCCGGUCCAGAUGAAAUUUGCACAACCAGGAAAUUCACUACGUGUUUUGACUACAACUUUAGAAGGCCUGAAACACUGGACCCAGUACAGUGACAGAUUUGCAUUACUAUUUGAGGUCUUUGCUACUUUAGAUUCUGCUGUCAUUUCUGGAGAAUACAGUGCUAAACAUUUUCUUCUGAGAGAUAGAAAAGAAUCGGUUCCUUGUGUGUUCUAUGAAACAGACCGUGACCUUCCAAGACUGAUCAGAGGACAGAUACACAGAUGCAUGGGCACCUAUGACAAGAAAAGAAAUAUCUUUAAAUGCGUCUCGGUCAGGCCUGCUUCAAUUGUAGAACAGAAAACCUUCACUGAAUUUGUCAGUGUAACAGAUGCUGAGAUGACACAGUUUGUUAAGGCUCUGAAUGAAGUCUGAGUACUCUUUCAUAAUACAAGUUUGUACAACAUGGGAGACUUAAAUGUCUGCGGAAAUGUUGUUUGGAAUUUAAAUUUCACACUGUUUAGAAAUCUUAAUUUAAAAAUUGCAUCUGUAGAUAGAUGCAUGUGAAUUCAUGUGAAUACAUUGUUGUGUAUUCAAAGAUAUCCAAAGAACCUUUAAAUCCCUGGUUUAAAAUUGAAUUUAUGUUUGCAUAAUCAUUUGUUUAAUUCCAUUACAUCAAAAAAGUUUGAUUUACUAUGCUGAAGUGGGGUACCUGUUGUACACUUCCAAUCAACCUUAAUUUAGAUUUGUUUGCCUGUAUCUUCUUAAAAAGUGUUUGUUGAAAAGGAUUCAAAAAUUCUCACACAUUAAUUGAAGGUCAAAAGAAGGUCAGAGGAGCAAACAAAUCUCAAGUUUUGUCAUCUAACUUCUGGGAUUUUAUUUCUACUUAUGUAAUUUGUGCAGCUUCAUAUGCAAAAUUCUUAAAAUGUAUUCAUUUCUUGUGCUAAUACAGAUAGUCAGUGAGCUCCUUAUCUGACUGUAUAAUGAUCGCAUAAGAGGAUUAAUGCCUGUGACAUUAUUGAGCAGUAAUCAUCUUUUAGGCAUAAAGUUUUCAUUCUGUAUGUUUUCCGUAAAUACAUCAACAUAUAUUCUGCAUUGUUCGCUGUUUAAUAAAUUUUGGAUUAUCUUCAUUAAAGCCUACGAAUCCACUG